GGCGCCUUCCUCUGCUCCACGUUCUCGCCACACCCUCCACCAGCUCUCGUCUUCUCUCCGCAGCGCCUGCGCCAUGGCCAGCGCCGUCGCGGGCCCCAGCGGCUCCAGCACGCCGGCCGCCGCGCGUGCCUUCGCCUCGACCGACAACUUCAUCUCCUUUGACUUUGGCGACGACGGCGACGGCGCCGACGGCAGCGGCGCAGCCUCGCCCGCCGCUGCCGCUGCCGCCGACGACGCCGACGCCUAUGCGCCGCGUGCGCAGCCGCAGGUGGCCGGCCGCAAGCGCAAGGCCGACGAGCGCGACGGCCGCUCCAAGAAGGAGCGCACCCGUGCCGCCGCCCGCGGUACGCCCUGGGCGGUGGACGUCGAGUGGGAGGAGUGCCGUAAUGCAGCCGAGAUGCUGCACCGCGAGCUCAUCGCGUUCGAGCAGUGGCUCUCGCCGACGCGCGAGGAGCACGAGUCGCGCAAGCUCGUCAUCGAGCUCAUCCGUCGCGCCGUCGUCGGCCGCUGGCCCGACGCCACGGUGCACUCGUUUGGCAGCCAGGACACGCAGCUGUACAUGCCGCAGGGCGACAUCGAUCUUGUCGUCGUGUGCCCGUCGAUGGACAUGUCGCGCCGCGAGACGGUGCUACGCACGCUGGCGGCACUGCUGCGCCGCCAUAACCUGGCGUCCGACGUGACCGUGAUCGCAAAGGCCAAGGUGCCGAUCAUCAAGUUCGAGUGCGUGUACGGCCGCUACCGCAUCGACGUCAGCAUCAACCAGACCAACGGUCUUGAUGCGGCGGCGUGGGUCAGCGACUGGCUGCGCCGCAUGCCCGCCAUCCGCCCUCUCAUUCUGGCUGUCAAGCUGCUGCUGAGCCAGCGCGGCAUGAGCGAGGUCUUCUCCGGUGGCCUUGGCAGCUACAGCGUCAUCUGCUGCGUCAUCAGUUUCGUGCAGAUGCAUCCGAAGCUGCAGCGCGGAGAGCUCGACCCCGCGUGCAACCUCGGCGUGCUGCUGAUCGAGUUCCUCGAGCUCUACGGCAAGCACUUUGGCUACGACCGCGUCGGUAUCUCGGUGCGCGGCCGCGGUGCGUACUUUGACAAGGCGGCGCGCGGCUUUGCGGACCCGCGCAAGCCAUUUGCGCUGUGCAUCGAGGACCCGAUGGACACGAGCAACGACAUCUCGCGCGGCUCAUUCGCCAUCAUCUCUGUGCGCCAGGCGCUCGGCGGCGCCUUCGACAUCCUCACGGCGACGCUCUGCCAGCGUGCAAACGAGCGUGCGCGCGGCAGCCGUGCUGCGGCUGCACUGGACGCCGACGAGGAGGCGCGCCAGGCAUUGAGAGACGGCACGAGUGGCUCGGCUGAGAAGGACCCGAACAGCCUGCUCGGCGCCAUCUUCGGCAUCUCUCGAGACACUAUCAAGGCGCGCAGAGACAUUGAGGAGCUCUACUACGGCGGCAUGCUGCAGCACAAGCUCGGCCGUCCUCCGCCGGCUGCGUCGCCCGAGCCGGCGCCUGCGCAUCCCUCGGCACAGCAGGCAUCCAGCUCUCGUCAGGCUGAGCGCACGCACGACCACCGCGCCGGCGGCGAGUCAUCGCGCUCGCGCGAGCAGCCUCGUGCGCCUGCCGCCACACUCGCAGCGCCGCCUCGUGCACCUGGCGCUACGACGGCAGGACAGUCUGCGGCUUGUGGAGGCGCGCCGUCUCAGGCUUCGCGAGCGCAAGCGCCUCCUACCGCUGCUGUCCCCGCCAAGCUCGCCGCGUCCGCAGCUUCAUCCGCCGCACCGGCUGCCGCACCCGUGCCUGCGAUCAUCUACAAGCCCGGCACACGACUUCCGCUGCCUCGCAGCUCGUCCGGCUCUGCCGCAGCUGCAGCCGCCGCUUCUGCCAAGCCUUCGGCGUCGCGCAGCGAGGCGGUCGUGGUGAAGGAUGACGCGCCAGAGCGAUCGCAGAGCCGGCCGAAGGCGGAGCGUGCAUCUGCUGCGGCAGCCGUUGCAGCUGCAAACGGCAGUCAGGGUCGUCCGUUCGCUGUCGACGACAGCGACGACGAAGAAGCCGGCCUGCGCCGCGACGCAGCGAAGGCGUACUGGAACGAGGACAUCCAGGACGACGAGCUCGACUCGCGCUACUCGUCGCCCAGCGGUGGCGGCCGUCGCACCGCCAAGCGCCAGAAGACGACGCACUCGGCUCUCGCGCAGCAGCAGCAGCCGCAGCGCCGCAGCGAGACGUUCUACCUCGAGGAGAGCGACAGCGACAGCGGCGCCAGCGUGCAGGCGGGCGCUCGCAAGCCGGCCGCACAGGCUGCGCAAGCCGCUGCUGCUGCCCGCGGCGAGGCGGCACCGAAGACAGUAAAGGCGGGCAAGGCUGUCGUCGCCGACUUCUGGGCCAGCAAGAGCGGGCACGUCGGUCCGGCCGAUGACGGCGAGAGCGACAGCGCGUAGCGUUGUGGGCAGGAGAUCAGCAUCACGGCACCGAGCAUAAUAGCCACCUUAUCACUGUGCUC